AGGUAGGGACCGAGCUGGCUCACAAGCCCUCCCUGUUCUGUGACAUGUCUGUUUCCUGUUUCUCCCCCAUCAGGAGCAGUUUCAGUCUCAACUUCAAAAGAACAAACACGCACUCAAAACAAAGGAAGACGGUCCUCGACUGCAGAGGAAGCAGGAAGCUGUCGGCCCAGCUCUGAGCCCAGCUGCUGGAGCCCCGAGCAGCGGCAUGGAGUCCGUGGCCCUGUAUAGCUUUCAGGCUACAGAGAGCGACGAGCUGGCCUUCAACAAGGGAGACACACUCAAGAUCCUGAACAUGGAGGAUGACCAGAACUGGUACAAGGCCGAGCUCCGGGGUGUCGAGGGGUUUAUUCCCAAGAACUACAUCCGCGUCAAGCCCCAUCCGUGGUACUCGGGCAGGAUUUCCCGGCAGCUGGCCGAAGAGAUUCUGAUGAAGCGGAACCAUCUGGGAGCCUUCCUGAUCCGGGAGAGCGAGAGCUCCCCAGGGGAGUUCUCUGUCUCUGUGAAGAUUAAGAGCCUUAACCUAGGAAUGGAGGAGCCCGGGUUCGAACCCGCAUCUGGGGCGCUGGGAGUGUGAUUCCUCCCAGGGCUGCCGGGUUUCUUAGUCGCAUCUCAAGGCAGCCCCAACGGGCAGCGCCCCAUCCUAUGGCCGCCUCUGCCCUCUUGCGGCGGCUUCCGGAACUACAGGUCGCAUUCCGGUCCCAGAAGUGAAUGAGGGGUCCCCCGGGGGCUGUGCUAAGGACGGCCUGUGGCAGGGCCACUCCACACCCCUCAGCGUCCAGGCCACACAGACACAGAAUGCAAGAGAGAGACUGACCCACCCACGCACCGGUACUCAUAGACGCAGAGACCGAGGCACAAAUGACGGGAUUGCCGCAGACCGGCCAGGAGCAGGGACAGACAGCGGCUCCGCAGACUCUGGUGGGACUGGGCUGACGCCACUCUCGUGUUUUCACCACACCCUCUCUCAACUAUAACUACCUAAUAAAACUUAAAAUUGUUCUAUAAAUAGAUGGGGGGGCGUGUUUGUUCGUUUGUUUGUUGAGAUAGGGUCUCGCUCUGUCCCCAGGCUGGAGUGCAGUGGCGCAAUCUCGGUUCAUUGCAACUUCCCCCCUCCCGGGCUCAAGCAGUCCUCCCACCUCAGCCUCCCAAGUAGCUGGG